UUGCCGUCGCUGCAACGGCACACGGCUCUCCCGUAGGUCGGGAUCGCUUAGAGAUGAAACGGGUCUUCGGCGCCAAGAAGAAUAAGGAGCCGCCGCCGACGAUCCAGGACGCGACCGACAAGGUCUUCUGCUAAAUUCCGUGACCUUCAUGAUCGUAAGUCGAUGUUCUUCUGUUUGAUGCAUACCCAUUUCGAUUCGUCCCCUCUUCCAUGUUGCCCCCACCCAAUCAUCACAAUCGGAAACAAAGGUGUCGCAGAAGGGGUGUCACAGUGGAUGAGAAAAUCAAGAAACUUGAUGCUGAAUUAGCUAGAUACAAGGAGCAGAUUAAGAAGACUCGACCUGAUCCAGCUCAAGAAGCUGUUAAAGCUCGAGCGAUGAGGGUCCUUAAGCGAAGGAGAAUGUAUGAGGGAUAGCCUGGCAUGCUGCAUAACCAGACAUUCAACCUCGAUCAAGUUGCCUUUGCCACAGAGGGAAUUAAGGAUGCUAUGUCAGCACUGAAGUCUGCUAACAAGGAGUUGAAAGGGAUGAUGAAAAUUGUGAAUACCUAAGACAUAGAUAGUAUGCAAGACAAGAUGAUGAAUUUGAGUACAGAAAUCCAAGAAUCUUUGGGAAGAAGCUACAAUGUUGCCGAUGACAUUGAUGAGGAAGAACUAAUGGGAGGCAUGGUACCAUGAUAAUGUUACAUUACUUGUCUAGAGCUAGAUGCGCUGGAAUCAGACAUGGGUGCAAAGAUGGAAUCUGAUGCAAUUCCAUCCUAUCUUCAACCAGAUACGGAAACGGAUCUGGAUGCAAUACUCAACUUACCUGCAGCUCCAACAAGCAAUGCUGCGGCAAUGCCCAACAGAGCGAGGCAGCAGACCGAGGAUGAACUAGGUUUACCUGCUGUACCCCAAAGCUUCUAUACUCAGUUAAAAGAACACUGUUCACAGAAUGGCAAAGCUCAUAUUCAUGACAGCCACAAUGUUCUUCAUAUUUACAGUAGGACAUACAUAUACUCCCCGAUACGGUUCAGGAAAGACGAAGGAGAAUCCUACCGUCACAUCACCGUCAGGACCGACGGCACCUCCUCCGCCUCCUCCAGUCGAAGAUGGCGGCAAGCAGACAGGGCCCUCGCGGAGCCCCGUGAUCCCGCAGGAGAUUCGACAACCGGGCGCGGAAGCCGUCGUCGCCGCGUCCCCCGAAACCCCCCCGGCCGGCCGGCGUUGGUGCCGAGGCUGAUGGGGCUCGAGGACCUGUCGGCCCUCACGGUUGCUGUGACACCGGAAGCGGCGGGAGCUGCAGCGGGCUCUGGAGAAGUGCGACGAGGACCUCAGGGCCCUGAGGCGGAUCAUCGAGGCCGUCCGCUUGGGGGAGAUCCACGCUAAGGCGGUCUCCUCCUCCGUCGGAUCGGGAAGGCCGAUCAAAUCGGACGGCAUGGAUGCAUGGAAGGAGUGCGACGGCGAGCAGCCAAGCCCCCCCCGUCUCGGUCCUCGACGCGAUAUCGUCGCCUCGGUAUCGGUCAAAAAGAUGCCCAAUUGAGACCAAGGAUACUACAGCCGUCGGAUCCAGGAUCGUGAAGCCAUCACGUAUGGGCUUUCUCUUCGUGGGUGAGCAAAUCCAAAGACGGCAAAAGCCAAUAAUGCACCGAACGAAUGUGCAGGAGAGAGUUACAAUAAUGCACCGAACGCUGCCAAGUUGAUCGAAGCGAUGCCGUUGGUGGUCGAGCCGACGGGACGAGAGAUCAUGACGAUGGUCGAAGGCGUUCGGCAACAGUGCUGGAAGAGGAGGAGGAGGAGAACAAGCCGGACGAUGGCGGAGUCCGUGGAGGAGGUGUGGGAGGUGGCGAGGGUAGGGGUGUGGAUAGAGAGUGUAAUCUUGAGGGAGUUGGUGGUGGAGUUGUUCGGGUGGUGUUGCAGGUUGGGACUUGUAGGAAGAGAUUAUACUUUGACUUGCAUGUUUGAUUGAUCCAUGAGGCUCAAAAAAUAUAUAUCAUUAGGUGAUUGGCAUCAGACCUGUUUCUGCAUUACCUUUGCAAUAAAGCACCAUUUGCAACCCUCAAACCCACUCGCAUAACUGAGCCAAAAAAGGAGAAGGAAGGGACGACUCGAAAGUCCUCACCCCCAGCUCGAUCCUCGGAGCUUAGACAAACAACGUCCGACCAAGAAAGAAAAAAAGAACCGGUUCUUGAUCGGAACCCCCCAAGAACGAGAAUGAAAC